GAUCUACAAUCUAAACCAUGGGUAAACAAGUCAGAAAAACCUAUAAGCCUCGCCCCAAUGUUCUCGGCAAAAAACCCGAAGCUGGUGUCAUUGAGGGUGUUGAUCAACAAAUUGUACUUCAACCUGAUGAAGUGCUUCCUGUAGUCCAAAAGUUAUCUUCUCCCGAUGCCACUGAGAGAGGUUGGGCUGCUGCCUGUGUUUCCAACUUAAUUUUAGCAAACCACGACAAUCUCAAGUUGUUGUUGCCUAAAGGUGUAGUAGGUCUUUUGAUCAAGUUAUUGAGUGACGAUGUUCAUGAGGUUGUUGAGGAGGCAUUGGGUACCUUGAGAAACAUGUGUUCCGUUGAUCCCGAAGUCUGUAGAGAGUACUUUUCAAAGGAUAUUUUAACUCCUUUAAGUGUUAUGCUUCCUCAAAUUUCUCAAGUCAUUGACUCUGUUCUCAAAGAUACACCCUUUGUCGAUACUGUGGAUCAAGAUAAAAGAUCUGCUAUUUGGGAUGUUGCCGAGAAUUUUAUUUACAUCAUUUGGAGUUUAUGUGAAGCAUCUGACAAGUACAUCAAAGCUAUCAACCGUCUCAAUAUUGUUACAUUUUUGAUUUCAUUUUUGUCGGCUGCUGAUCAAUGCCCUACCCGUGUCGUCGUUGCUGCUGGUCAAUGUUUGACUACAUUAACUGAUGAUAACAAGGAUAUUUACAUUGAAUUCCAAAGUCAUCCCGAAUAUAUCCAAAUGCUUCUCAACAUCCUCACCAAAUUCGAUGGUGCUGACAAACUUCUUGUACGUGUAUUGGCUUGUGCUAUUUUAAUGAAUGUGAGAGAGGUUGUUCAUUUGUCUGGAUCAUGGGACGAUGAGCGUGACGCUCUUGGUGAACUCAAUAAGACUGUUCUGCCUAUUUUGAUCUCCUCUUUGGAUUUUGAUAUUCAAGAUGCCUCUGAACAAGUGAAGCAAACAAUUGAAAGUGGUAAUGUAACCAAGGAAGACUCCGCCGACAUGACACCUAAACCUCAACAACCACUCACAAAGGGAGAUAUCUAUAUUCAAUCUGUUGAAGAGCGUUUAACAACUUUACAAUUAUCAUUGGAAUUAUUAGCUGAUAUUUGCUUGCAAGACGAUACUGAAGAUGGUUUUGAGGAUGCUGGUGAGGAUAUGGAAGAAGAUCAAGAUGCUGAAGACAUGACUGAGAACUUGAAUGCGGACAAUGUGGAUGAAUAUCUUCGUGAAGCCGAAAGCCUCGGAGAUAACACUUCUGCCGCCGUGGAUGAAGCUGUGGUUCGAUCCAACCCAGUCCUCAGCAACUUUACACAAAGAAUUUUCCCUCGAUUACUUCAGCUUGCAACACCGACCAGUGUGUCCUUCCCUGAAAAUGCUGCUUUAGCACCUGGUGUGACACAAGGUCUGACCCUUACCCAUCAACGUGCUUUGGAAUGUCUCAACAAUUUCUUAUUGGCCAUGAAUGAAGUUCCCUCUAAAUUUUGGUUCAGAGAACAUAUCGCCGACGCAAAGAAAACCUGGGGUUGGUUGUUCCAAACCGCCAUCGCCAUUGGUAACGCCCCCGCUUCCGAGGAUCGUGACGCCAUUAUUGAGGCCAUUAUUAGUUGUCUUUGGUCUCUUGGUCGUGGUCUCGGUAACAACAUCCCUUUGGAGCCCAACCAUGUACCUGCAUUGUGUGGAGCCUACAGAGCCACAGCAAACGAAUCUAUGCAAGUGAAGAUUGUUGGGUGUUUAGGACCUAUUGCUGUUAGACAAGGUGAUAUUAACACUAAUAAGGCUAUUGGUAUUUUUAUCAUGGAGGUAUUAGGUAACAUCGGCUCUCAAAAGACUGGACCGGAAGUCGCUGUUGAAGCCUUAAACUUGGUAUUCGAUGUCUAUAGCGAUUGUAACUUUGAUUAUGAUGCACCUGUUUAUGUUCAGGGUAAAUUCAAUAACCAAUUGAAGCAAAUUUUACCAGCAUUCAGAGCCAUGGUUAAAGCCACGGAUCGACGAAAGAAUUUCGAUUUAAGAAAUAGAUGCGAUGAAGCAUUAAUGAAUUUGGUUGCCUUUAUCAAGUACAAGGCCUCUGAAAAGAGAUCAUAAAAAAAGAGGAGGAUCUAUACACACACACAUAUUAUGCAUUUAGAAUAAAAAUAAAUAGAGUUUAUAAAAAAAUAAUCGAACAAC